GCGUGGAGCUGUUGGGAUUAGGARGCAAGUGGCGCAUAUCACCUUGUGGGAAAGCAUACGGAUACACCUGUAUGUUUCCCAAUGAGAUGCAGAUACUGCAGCAACUGGCUGUUCUGGUGGUAUGCCGCAGUCUAGCAACAGGCCAGAUCUCGUCACGUUACUUCUUCCCCCAAAAACCCAUGCCCUGGGUCAAAGGUCGUGAGUACUGUCAGAGCCACUUUGUGGACCUUGCUGUUUUGAACACAGAGGAGGAAUACUCUGCUCUCCUCAGUGCCAUCCCCACAAACAACGCCAGCUUUUGGCUUGGUCUCCAUAAGAAGAGCAGUGGCUGGGAGUGGACCGAUGGGGAACAGCUGAGACUCACUCACUGGUACAACUACAACCAUGAGGGCCACUGUGUAAGCUUGGAGGCCAUGUUUGAAGAAAAGGACAAGCUACUGGCUCGUUAUUGUAAUGAGCAGCACAGGGUCGUUUGUCAGGGGCCCGUUUCCCCUCAAUCAGUGUCUGUGGACUUUGUGAACAUCGAUCACGUGAAUCUAAGCUGGAACAUCUCUGCACUUAUGCAGACGACUUCUCACUAUUACAAUGUGACAAUAUGCAGCUUCAUUUGUGAAACGCUGUCCUAUUUCUACACCAAUGGCUCCUCCCUUAUGAGCAUCAGCGUCUCCAAUUUAAGUGCAGCCACAGAGUACUUCAUAUACGUUUCUGCUGUGGUUAUUCAUCUUGACCAUGGGACCAACAGGAAAUGGAUUCUUCAAGAUAAUCCUACAACGUUAAAAGCUAAAACAGCAACAUCUAAUAAGACUCACAAAAUCUUUUUCAUCGUUUCGAAUUCAUUCAGUCUGGUUUUGUUGGCCUCUUCAUUUUGGUGUAUUUAUCACAUUGUGAAAAAAGAGACAGUCCAAGACACAUCGUCAGUGGAUUCAACGAUUGCUGAACUGUUACCACACAGAAGUGGGUCAGAAAAACUGGAAAAUGUCAUAUUUUAGCAACCAAUAAAAAAGUUUUAC